UGUGGGAUCAUGUGUGCAUCUGUGUGUGCGUCCAAGUGUGCAUGUGUGUGUGUCCGUGCGGUCAUCCGUGUGUGUGCGUGUGACUGUGUUCAUCUGUGUGGGAUCAUGUGUGCAUCUGUGUGUGCGUCCAAGUGUGCAUCUGUGUGUGUCUGUGCGGUCAUCCGUGUGUGUGCGUGUGACUGUGUUCAUCUGUGUGGGAUCAUGUGUGCAUCUGUGUGUGUGUGCGUGUGUGUGCGUCUGUGUGUGUGUGCGGUUAUCCGUGUGUGCGCGUGUGUGCAGCCAUCCAAGUGUGCAUCUGUGUGUGUCCGUGUGCGUCUGUGUGUGUGUGUGCAGCCAUCCAGGUGUGCAUCUGUGUGUGUCCGUGCGGUCAUCCAUGUGUGUGUGUGUGAUUGUGUUCAUCUGUGUGGGACCCUGUGUGCAUCUGUGUGUGCAGUUAUCCGUGUGUGUGUGUGUCCGUGCAAUUAUCCAUGUGUGUGCAUGUGUGCAGCCAUCCAAGUGUGCAUCUGUGUGUGUGUGUGUGGUUAUCCAUGUGUGUGCGUGUGUGCAGCCAUCCAGGUGUGCAUCUGUGUGUGUCCGUGCGGUCAUCCGUGUGUGUGCAUGAGAUUGUGUUCAUCUGUGUGGGAUCAUGUGUGCAUCUGUGUGUGUGCGGUUAUCCGUGUGUGUGCCUGUGUGUGUCUGUGCAGUUAUCCGUGUGUGUGCGUGUGUGCAGCCAUCCAGGUGUGCAUCUGUGUGUGUGUGGUUAUCCAUGUGUGUGCGUGUGUGCAGCCAUCCAGGUGUGCAUCUGUUUGUGUCUGUGCGGUCAUCUGUGUGUGUGUUUGUGAUUGUGUUCAUCCAUGUGGGAUCAUGUGUGCAUCUGUGUGCUUGUGUGUGUGCGGUUAUCCAUGUGUGUGCGUGUGUGUGUCCAUGCGGUUAUCCGUGUGUGUGCAGCCAUCCAGGUGUGCGUGUGUGUGCGGUUAUCCAUGUGUGCAUCUGUGUGUGUGUGUGGUUAUCCGUGUGUGUGCAUGUGUGCAGCCAUCCAGGUGUGCAUCCAUGCGUGUGCAUAUGUGCAGCCAUCCAGGUGUGCAUCUGUGUGUAUCCGUGCGGUCAUCCAUGUGUGUGCAUGUGAUUGUGUUCGUGUGGUCAUCUGUGUGUGUGCGUGUGACUGUUCAUUUGUAUGGGAUCAUGUGUGCAUCUGUGUGUGUGCGCAGUUAUCUGUGUAUGUGCGUGUUUGCAGCCACCCAGGGUCUGGUGCGUUGCUGGCGUGGCUGCCCGGGCAGCGAGCUCCAGGGAGCCCUGUGGGGCAGAGGCGCGUGGAAGGGGCAAAGCGCUUUCCCGGACCUGGCCCAGCUCGGGGUGUGCAGAGGUUCUCCCUACUGUGGCUGUGACUGCUCGGGCCCCGUCUGA